AUGUCUCUAACUGACGAGCUGGAGACCCACUUUUCUGCAACCCCCUACAUGGUGGCAGACACAAGUGAGGGCAGCCUGUUCAGAAUCAGACCCAAUGUGUCUGCCAAUGCCACCAGUGAUGGCACGUCAGCUGCCGGUUCCAUGGAGGACAUGAUUGCCAUCUGCACCAUUGGGACAAUCCUCUCCCUCAUGUGUGUGAUUGGGGUGACAGGCAAUGUCUACACCUUGCUAGUGAUGUGCCAUUACUUGAGGUCAUCUGCUUCCAUGUAUAUUUACAUCAUCAACCUUGCGCUGGCAGACCUGCUUUACCUCCUCACCAUCCCCUUCAUUGUUGGGACCUACUUCAUUCAGAAAUGGUACUUUGGGGACAUCGGCUGUCGCAUCCUGUUCAGUCUGGACUUCCUCACCAUGCACGCCAGCAUCUUCACCCUCACAGUCAUGAGCACAGAGCGCUACUUUGCUGUUCUGAAGCCCCUGGACACUGUCAAGAGGUCCAAGAGUUACCGAAAGGCCAUCGCUGUUGUUAUCUGGCUGGUGUCACUGCUGCUCACUCUCCCAAUGCUCAUCAUGAUUCAGCUGGUGCAAAGGGACAACAAAAGCAUUUGCCUGCCCACUUGGAGCAAACUGUCCUACAAAGUCUAUCUCACCAUCCUUUUUGGUACCAGCAUCGUGGGACCAGGGGUGAUCAUUGGCUAUCUUUACAUCCGAUUAGCUAAGAUAUACUGGGUGUCACAAACAGCAUCCUUCAAGCAGACCAAGCGGCUGCCAAAUCAAAAGGUGCUCUAUCUAAUCUUCACAAUAGUGCUGGUUUUCUGGGCUUGCUUCUUGCCUUUCUGGAUAUGGCAGCUCCUCUUCCAGUAUUAUGAAUCCUUCCCUUUGUCUCCCAAGGUAAUGAAGAACAUUAAUUAUCUGACAACCUGCCUGACCUACAGCAACAGCUGUAUCAACCCCUUCCUCUACACCCUGCUCACCAAAAACUACAGGGAGUACCUGAAGAACCGACAACGGACCCUUAGCAGCAGCAGUGGGUACUUCCAAAGGAGGAAUCGGUUUCAGAGGAUUUCAGGGAGAUCCCUGUCCACAAGCAGUCAGCACUGCACAGAGACAUAUGUUCUUGCUCACGCUCCAUUGGGAAACAGCAAUGCCUGA